AUACAGCCAUGGUUUACUGGAUUCUUCUUGGAUUUAUUGGAAUAAUUGGAUCUCUAACUGGUGUUUCUUCCAUUACUGUGGUGCUGAAUCAGCGAGCAUCACUUCCCUGCUGCAGCGGUGAAAAAGUCGUGUGGAGGAAGACCGUACCCAUAGAAGCUACUGUUGCUGAAUGCCUAAAGCAGAAAUGCAUCGUAAAAGACCCUUUUCAAGAAAGAUUUGCAGUCAAGAGUGAAAAGAACCACUCUCUAUUUCUCAACCCAGCUAAAUACAAUGACCUGGGGCAAUACGAGUGCAGCUGUGAUGGCUUUAUCAAGCUAAUUAAGCUGGAUGUUGUAGUUCCUAUGAACAUGACGGUUGAGGAGCUGGGAAACGUCACUCUUCCGUGUUAUGCGGACACUCAAAGCGGUGUCAGGGAUGUGACGUGGCUACAUAAUGAACAAAACGCUCUGCACUACACAACAGACAGAGGCUCGAUCCCAGGCCUGGGCUAUGAGGAGAGAGUAUCUCUGACAGAGGACGGGUUCAGAGACGGUGAUGUGUCUCUGACCAUCACUGGUGUCCAUCAGACAGACGCAGGAUUAUACCGCUGCUUCGUUCAGGACGAGACGGAUCGAGGAUACCCACACGCUUACAUGCUGCAUGUGAUCAACAUCACCCACAGUGGAAACUCCAGAUAGCGAGCCCGUACAGGAGAGUGACCAAAACCAAUCAACUCGUCCUUUUUAUUCUGGAGAAGAGACCUACGUACUGUCGAACCUAAAGAUGAACGAUUACAGUUAUUCUAAUAAUGAAAACACUGACUCCAUUUAAACACAUGAACAUGACUGUUAGGGUGUCAUUCAUGUAACUGGAUGCUGCUUGUUUAAAGGGGUCAUAUGAUGAUUUCUAAUUUUUCCUUUCUCUUUGGAGAGAUAUUCUCAGGGCCGGCGCUAGCCAUUUGGGUGCCCUAAGCACACGCCUACAUUUCCAAAAAAAAAAAAGUUGCUACAUGUCAGAGAAUUUGUACUUUUUUUUUUCUUUUUCUUUUUUCAGUUUUCACAAGUCAGUUGAAAUGAGUAGAACAGACAUGUACAUAACUUUCAAUAUUUAUUGCACGUCAACAGACAGCAAGAGGUUUAUCCUGCACUUCAAGUAUUAUCUUUGUAAGAAAGGGUGUUUUUGGCCACUAGCUUUGUAGAUGCGUGUCACACAUUGCAUGUACUCAUUACAUGCACGUUCUUGCCUUUGACCACAAUGAAUUUGAAGUAGUGCUUAUAUCUUCACCUUGAAAAUGCCAACUUUUCAUCGGAUUGCUCCUGACUCGCCAUCUCUGCUGCGAAUCUCUGUGUAGCUGUUGCGUGUGUGUGUGUGUGUGUGUGUGUGUGUGUGUGUUUGUUUGGCGCCGCUUGCGCUGUCGCGUGUGCCGGCAUGUGUGUAAAAACACUGGCUCUGAUUGGCUACCAUGAAACACAUGACUCUGCCUUAGCCAAUCACAACCGCUUAUCUCGUCAUUAACCCACCUCCUCACUCUCUCCAGGGGUGCGUUCGGAUUACAUAAUUUAUUAAAUCAAUGCAUAGUAACGCACCGCAUUUAACGUUCAGUAACGUUAACGGCGUUGUAACGACGGGAAAAGUAAUUAGUUAGAUUACCGCGUUACUGAAAAAAUAAUGUCGUUUCCUAACACCGUUCUUUUAAAACUAAAUUUUUUAUUCUUACCUAGCUGCAAGCGACGCGCGAGCAUCAUCCCGCUGUCUCUUCUUUUUUCUUUUUUCUGCCCCCGACUCUUGGUGCCUUUUCGAGGCCAUGUCUGAGGUCGGUGUCUGCCAAAUUUGACAUUGAUAGAGGCAUAAUCGAACAGACCACUGGGAGGUGGGGAAGGGGGGGCACCAGAGGGAGACUGGCACAGAGAUUCACCUUUUUCUCGACUAAUUUGGUCUAGGCCUAUAUUACUUUUGUAUUGCUUUUGUAUAUUAACAUGCUUUUAGAAAUAUUUUAUUUGUUAUUUAUACUAGUAGCCUAUUGUGAUUUUUUUUAUUAUUUUUUAUUAUUUUUUUUCACGACCCAGAUUUUUUUGGUGCCCCCCCCCCAAGCACUUGGUGCCCUACGCGCAGUGCGUGAUGUGCAUGUGCGCAGAGCUGGCCCUGGAUAUUCUUUAUCAAAGUUAAGACUCUGCCACGCCUCUGAUCCAUGCUGGUCGCUGAGGAAAUCAUGUUUAUCACAUUUAUAAUGGGUUUUAUGUUUAUAUCUCAUCGCUCCGGGAGGACAAGGCAUCACAAUAUGUUAAGGGGCGUAACAUUUCCGUCGCAUGCUUGAGGCAUUCGGCCAAUCACAACACACUGGAUAGCUGGCCAAUCACAGCACACCGCGCUUUUCAGAGGGAUGAGCUUUGUAAAAAUCGAUGCGUUUCAGGAGGCGGGGCAUAGAGGAGAACCAGUAACGUAUAUUAUGUGGAAAAUAAACCUUAAACCACAUAAACCCAUUUCAUUACACCAAAUAAUCAAAAUAAUGUUCUUUUUAGCAGCGUAUGAUCCCUUUAAUGCACAUGUGAACACUGUAUUUUGAACACUGUUAUGUUUCAUAUAUUCAUUUGUGUACGGAGUUGGUUGGAGAGCACAAAAAUGUAGAUGUUUAGUGGCCUCUUACAGCCCCCUUUACCGUCUCCUCCUGAACUUAUUAUUAGUCACCGUUUGCUUUCUUUAUUUUCAGUCACCAGUGACAAUAUGUAUGAGCGAAAUGCAUGUAACCUCUGUGUAACCAUUUUCCUGGUUCUUCAUUAUUUUUGUAUUGUUGUUAAUGUCUGGUGUAUCUGUGUGUUACCUCAAGGUUUUUUUUUUUUUUUUACUUUUGUAUUUGUACAAUAAAAAAUAAGCCUCACGAUGGAGCCUGGUUUUUCCGGAGAAAGAUUCAAAGGUUCAAAUAUCUAAAACAGCGCCAUCUGGUGGUUAGUAAAAAAUUAAGCAAAUAGAAGCCUGUGACAGAAACUUCGUCGAAUGAAGACCCCACACACAUUUCGUAGAUAAAAGAAAAACGUACACACAGGGUCGGCUCAGGCUGUGUUGGUGCACAUUUUUCAAACUUCACUAUAAUAUAACAUAACCUACAUCCUGAUAAGUAU